CGCAUCGCAUCCACCACUAGCAACGUCGACCACUCGUCCCUUCUGGCUGUGUCUAUCUGCAUAUACCCAUAUAAUCUUCCGAUAGCCAGCAGAUCAGCAACCUAAACUCAUAUCCGCCCCAUCAAGGUAUCGUUCAACUUGAAGUUGACCUGGCCCAUCUAGUCUGCCCGUAGUUUUGGUCUAAUUUAUUGGUAUCCGUGAUAUCUGGGCUGUCGCUCUUUUGAACAGGAAGUGACAUGAGCAGUGAUUCAUCAAGAGACAACUCUCCUAGACUGUACCGUCGUCCUGCAUCCCCUGGUUCGGAUGAUGAAUUAUUCGACGCAGCCAGAUCUCUCUCGUCCUUUCGUGCAACGCCGCGCUCUGCACAGCAAGAGCAUUAUACCACCGCUUACCCACAGCAUGGCAGUGCGCACCGCCCGUCAAGCUCCUACCAGAGUGCUGGGGCACCGGCUACGUCGUACCAUCAGGCUGGGCCGUCGUCUACAUCAUAUCAGAGCGCUGGAACGACAUCUACGUCGUAUGCGAGUGCUAGACCAUUGUCUACGACCUAUCACAGUUCUUCUGGACAACCGACUACAUCUUACCCAUCUGCUCAUCCGUCAUCUAUCUCUACUUCUCAGACUCUUGCACCUCCCUCAUCUCAGCAUCCAUCCAUAGCCAACUACAAUGCUCCUACCACUAUCCCUUACUCGUCUUCACGCCCUUCACACGCAGCACCAUCGAUGCAGCAAGCGCCUACCAACUAUAAUGAGCCCCAACCAGAAAAAAGCUCUAAGAAGAAGAGCUCCGGUUCCAAGGGAAAAGAGAAGGAGAAGGAACGACAUAAGUCGAGUUCAAGCUCGUCCAAGAAGCACAAAGACCGGGACACAACGCGGGCGCAGAACCCGUAUCCUGCCGCAACUGCGCCCGAUUCGGGUCCGCCCCCUGCGCCCCAGUAUCCGAUGCCCCAACCCCCCAUUCCUGGAACGCAAACCGCAUUCCGAGUGGAAAGCUACGUGAACGAUCCGCGGGCGGGGCCCUCGCCGGCGCCGCAAUCGAGGGGACCGUACUCGUCGGACUUCCGAGUGACGCCUCCAGCACGGUCAGGUAACUCGGCGAACAUGUCGACGCAUCGUACCUCUACACAUGGUGUGCCUGGGCUGAUGAACGGCGGCCCAGCGAGGUAGCUCCGGCCCCAGUGCUGCCAGCCAGGAAGAACAGAAACGCUCUUAUUAUCGAACCGAUUACGAGAAACAGCGCCAGUCGGCACCAGCGCACCGCCGACAUACAAACAGCAGCGGUAGCACUAUUACACGCCGAGAAUCUCCUGCAUACGCACAUCCUUCCAGUCAUCAUUCCUCUGCACCACCCCCCACUUCGGCUGCAUACUCGUAUCCCGAACCAGACCCUCAUCAUUCCGGUAGCCACGCAUAUGUCCCUCCUGCCAGCUACCGCCCGCCAAGCCCUGUGCCCGAUUAUGCGGACUAUGAGCCGCCCAGUCUCCAAACCGAGUCUUGGCGGGCACCUUC